AUGGUGGCGGCAGCUCUUCAGCAGGGACAGGCUCUACAGGGUGACGGGCAGGUGAAGCCUAAGCCCUCAAGGCACGUGGGGCUGCCCUACCUGUCACACGAUGGGGCCCAGCGCAAGAGGGUGAUCAGCACGUCACAGGGGUGUUCCUGGCAGGAGCUCUCGGAGCACGUGGUGGCCACCGACGUGGUCCCCAACGGGGACUGGACCUACCAGCUGCUGGUGCUGCUGGAAACGCCGCCCCGGCGCGGGGUGAGCAACAGCUGCCAGGUGGAGCACGUCAGCCUGGAGCAGCCCCUGAGGCGGCACUGGGAGAUGCCGCCGGACGCCGCCCGCAGCAAGUUGCUGACGGGGACUGGGGGCUUCGUCUUGGGCUUCGUCUUCCUGGCGCUGGGGCUCGGCUUCUCCCUGAGCAAGAAGCUCAGCCCUGAGCAGGACCAGCGCAGCUCCAUGGUGGACACUGCUCACUCUGGAUGGCCCCAGAAGUUGUGA